UCGUGUUCCUUUUCACUUUGCAUUCACCAAACCAUCAGUUGGGUAUGUGUGUGUGUAUUCGAAGAAAGGGCUAGAUGUUAUAACCUUUUUUGCCCGCUGGUGCCAGUGUACUGUACGCACACCGUCCCAAUCGGUCGCUUUCUCAUUGUGUUGCGCCGCUGGUCGGCUUUCCCCUCCCCUGUUCGUCAAGUUUUUGAUGACCAUCGUGCUAAUUGGAGGUCGACGAGAUUUGUGCAUAACACGGCAACCUCAUCCCCACGGGCGAUAGCCGCGCAAUUGUUGGAGCUCUACACGAAUAAUUACCUGUAUUCCUCUAGUUCUAAAUUCCUACCACGUGAAAGUGAAAUCGGUUUUGUUUUUGUUGUCGGGGUUUUUCCAAGUCGCACAAAAGAUAUAAUCAACUUGGUGGGUUUGGCAAUGAAAGUCUCGCUGAUGGCCUUGCUGUUGACGUUGGGUCUUCUUCUCGUAUGCAACGACCUCGCUAACGGCCAAGACGAUGAUGUUGGCCCAUUUGAUUCUGGAACACGUCAGGAGGCUGCCAACAUUAAACCGAGCUUUAUGGCAACUGCCUCGAGGAUGGUGCGUCCCAACACGGUCUACCGGGUCAACGUAGUCGUUUUGCCGCAAUCGGAAGGCAUGAUCGUCAAAGCCCUGAUAACGAAAGAUGGCGGACAACACGUCGCUUCCGCUGCAGAAACUGUCGAUUCCGCAACGAGUCACGACCUUUUAAUGAAGAUUCCGGGUACGCUAACAGCCGGCCAUUAUCGUCUGAAAUUGGAAGGAUACGAUCUCUCGCAACCGCAAAAGACGAUAUUUUCUAAACGUGGAGUACUGGAAUUCCAUCCAGACUUUCUCUCCAUUCUAGUCCAGACUAACCGUAAAAUCUACAAAAAUGAAAUGAAAGUUCGUUUCCGUACCAUCAUUACGCAAUUGGUGGACCUCAAACCUUACGCCGAUCCAGUCACCAUCUACGUAGUGAGCCCUGAAGGAUUCAUCAUGAGGCGUUGGUCGUCUCGUUACCCAACUACAGGAGUUGUCACGUUAUCGUACCAAUUGCCGACUUUCCCCAGCGAAGGGAAAUGGACCAUCCGUGUGGAGGCGCUGUCGCAAAUUCACGAACAUCACAUCAUUGUGGAACGCUUCUACUACCGAUUCUUUGACGUUAUCCCUUCGGCACCGGCCUAUGUCCUGGACUCGGAUGAGAGCUACACAGCCGCUGUUACGACUUCGUUUCAUCCGGGUAGAGUGGCCAGUGGCAACAUCACCGUCCAAGUCUACGCACGACCGGUAAACUCUUCACUGGCCGAUUUCCGUUUCAUCAAACAAGAAUUUCCUCCCUGGACCCAUGAUUUCACGUACGACGUCCAACUGGAAGAAGUGAGGAGCAGCGUCGGUGUUCGCAGUCUGGUCGGUUGGGUGAUCAGAGUCGCCAUGACGUUGUACCAUCAUUUCGAAGGCGAAGCUCGCGACGGAUUCAUCGAAACGCGCAUCAUCCGCGCCCAGCUCAAAUUCCGUUUCGGAAGCACAAAAACAGCUGUUUUCAAACCUGGAAUGCCGUUCGAAGGACACGUCUAUCUCAUGUACGACGACGAUGAAGCCGUGCCGCAGGAAAAACUGGCCGGGGCUACUCUAACCAUCCGGCCGGUCGUCACCACGUCCACCGGUUUGCUGAAAACUCUUCCGGAAAUUGUGGUGCCUCGUCAAGGUGAAUAUCACCGUACAUCCGAUGACAUGUUGAAUUAUUACGGCAAUCCAUUCGACGUCUGGAUGGAUCGGCAAAUGGAAGACGCCGAGUACAAGAAUUUCCGCGAAUUCGGCAUCCAUCACUUCCGCUUUACGGUACCCAAAGACGCUGCGACGUUGAAAAUAACGGCGUUUUACAAAGACGACGGAGGUGAUCAAGUCACUGCGGAGCAACAGGCCAUCGCCUUCUAUUCGGUCGGUGAUUUCUACGUUCACGUUUCGACCAGCACGGACGAAGGUCUCCUAGGCCACUACGCCACGAUCCAUUUGAGAAGCAAUUUUGCUUUCCAUGAAUACAGCUACGUCAUCUCGUCGAAAGGUUUGUUGGUUCACGGUGCGACAGAGAACCUUGAACAUUCGACGAAAUUGCUGACUUUCUCUGUGCCCGUUUCUACCGAUAUGGCGCCAACUUUCAAAUUGGUGGCUAUGAUUGUCAGCCCGCUCGGAGAUCUGGUGGCUGACUCUGUCACGAUCCCCGUGCGUUGCAUCAACCGUUACAAGACGAAUUUGACCAUGGUGCAAACCAAGGAUCACAGCAAAUUGACGGUGCAGGUCGUUACUAGGACGCUUCCGGGAGCGUUUACGGGCGUGUCGCUCUUGAGAUCGGCUCAUUACAUGUUCCAGGCGGACAAUGAGAUUACGCACAGUCGAAUGAUACGAGCCCUUUAUAAGCUGGAGCCUUUCACCAGGUCGGUUAGUGGAGUUACCUGGAGCGAUCGGGAAGGAGCCAAAGCCGACAAGAGCCAAUACUUUAAAGCGGCUAAUCCAGGACCGGACACGAAACGGACGUUGAAUCUGGCCGGCCUUUUGGUUUUUACUGACGCCCGUGUCAGUCAAUAUCCCGAUAUCGUGAAUUGCGAUAAAGGCAACGGUUACGAACCCUGUAUGGCCGUCGGAUGUUUCCACCAAGAUCAGCGGUGCGAUGGCAAAUCGGACUGCGCUGACGGAUCCGACGAAGAUGACUGUCCUUUGACAAAAGACGACCGGAUGGAUUUCAGAAUGUUGAGGAGGAAUCGCUUCCACGAUUUUUAUGAUUGGAUGGAUGGAGAUUGGGCGUGGUACGAUAUUCCAGUCACGGACGACGGUUACGACUUUAACGAUCGAUCUGUCGCCCUUACCAACGAAGUUUGGUUCCUCACUGCCUUCACCUUCCAUCGUGAAUUGGGUUUCGCAGUUAUCGACGAUGUAGUCGAGUACGAAGGAUCACUGCCUUUCUAUGUUUCGGUCGAGUCACCCAGUUCGAUCCGUCGCGGUGAGACGCUUGGCAUCCGACUUCUCUUCAUCAACAAUCUCCCGACCGACACGAUGGGUCUCAUCAUCCUAGAGGCGUCGGAUGACUAUUGUUUCGUGGAAACGGAAGCCCAUGGAGAAGUGGGUCAUUAUCGGCCAAGUCUUGUAUGCGCAGAGCGCCAUCACAUGGUGACGGUGAAAGGAGGAGCCACGACCGAAGUGUACAUGCCAAUUGCUGCCCAGAUCGAGCAGGGAAGCAUCACGGUCAAAAUUCAAGUGUUGAGUCACAUUUUUGAGCAGAAUCUCCAAGUUGGAUUGGAAGUUUUGCCUGAGGGAGCCACCAUCAGCAGACAUACUUCGUUGCUUUUAGACUUGAAAAAUCGGGCCCACGUUUUGCGAUUUCUCGACAUUCCUGUGGAAGAGUCGCCCAUCAUUCCCUACUCCAAAUUCCGUCGAUACGUUUACGGCAGUCCGAGAGCCUCCCUCACUUUAUGUGGUGAUGUGUUUGGUCCGGUGUUUCCAUCGACGCCCAUCACGACCGAGUCGUUAUUGAGCCGAUCCCUACGUGGAACGGAAGCCAAUUUAUUCAAUUUGGCAACUACUUUAUGGAGUCUUCAUUACCUGCGAUUGACGAAUCAAUUGCAAUCGGAUGUUUUGUACAGCGGAUUGAACGACAUGAACGUUCAGAUGGCAGAGCUGAUGCGUUUAUAUCAUCACGAUGGAUCGUUCCGUGCCCACACCAGCUCCAAGCCCAAUGUUUGGGUCACGGCGUGGGUGGUUCGAAUCUUGGGUCAAUCGCAAUUCCAAGACUGGGAAAACCAUUUCUAUGUCGAUCGGCGAUUGAUGACUAGCUCAGUCAAAUGGAUACUUCAGUUUCAACGUCGUGAUGGAUCGUUUGGUGAAACGGAAGAUUACAUUUCGCCACUGGAUCGACGAAUCCUCCCAACGCACAAUUCAACUUAUAAGGGCGGACAAACUGCUCACGUACUGUUGGCACUCGAUGCCUGCACCGAAAGUCUUGAUGGACCUAUUAAAGUGGCUGCCGCUUCCGCCAAAAAUCGAGCUGCUCGCUAUCUCGAAAGAAUACUAGAUAUUUUGACAGAUCAGUAUGAAUUGGCCAUUGUGGCAUACGCCCUCCAGUCGAUUAGUAGUCCAGCGCAAGAAGCUGCUUUUGGUCGGUUGCACAGUUUGAGACGAGAAAGCGAGGGCAUGGUGUAUUGGUCUCGACAACCUGUGCCGCCCAACAGGAUCGUCUACGAGAAUCAGAGGCCUUUCCUCCAGCCUCGUUUGCCCAUGCAUCAAGACGCUGUGGCUGUUGAGGCCACAUCCUACGCUUUGCUCGUCUACUUGACUCGUGAUGGCAUCGGUGAUCUCCAGGAGAGGGUCGUCACAUGGCUCAACACGAUGCGGAUGGUGGACGGUGGUUUCGUCUCCAUCUACGAUAGCAUCGUUGCCAUGGAAGCACUCACCGAAUACGCCUAUCGAGCACGAUUACGUGACAUCACCGAUAUGAGCGUCGUUGUGGAAGCGUCCGCUUCGCCGGAAGCUACGCAAUUGAUGAGAAUCAACAGCGACACGCUGGCCACUGUCCAUCAAAUGAAUAUCCCGAAUGUCUGGGGUCACGUGAACGUCAUCGGUCGUGGAGCCGGCCAGGCUGUUUUGCAACUCAAAGUUCAAUACGGCGUCGAUUGGGACGAUUUGAGAGACUUUCCACGACGACGUUACUUUGACUUGUACGUCGAAGAGACGUACAGUCAUUUCCGCAACAAAUCUCACAUCACCGUCGACGCUUGCGUCAAGUGGUUAGCGGUGGACAGGGCGCCGGAGAGUGGCGCAACCACUUUAGAGGUGGAGCUUCCAUCCGGUUACAGGAUCAUUCAGUCCGAUGCAAAUCAAGUUCUAGUUCACAAAGAUUUCAGUUUUCUUCGGGACGUUUUUGUUACUGAUAAAAAAAUCGUCUGGACCUUUGACAAAGUUGGGCCAGAAAGGCUUUGUUUCAAUUAUCUCAUUCGCCGGUGGUUUCCAGUCGCCAAUGGAACUAUGUACCGGUCGGCCAUAGUUUACGAAUCUCAUUCUCCUGAGCAUUUUGAAAUGCAAGUUUUCAACGCUACGCCGCUCUACGUCUUGGACAUUUGCGAAGUGUGCGGGAGCUACCAGUGUCCAUAUUGCCCCUAUUUUAGUGCGGCACCAGUAGUCAUUAACAUCAAUCCUAUUGUCGUUUUCUACUCACUUUUGACAUCCGCUUUUAUUUACCGUAACUGGUCAGCUUCCUAGUAUUACGAAUAUUUAAUGAAUUAAGUUUUUUAAAAGAAUACAGUUUUAUCUUUUCGUA